AGAGUAAUAAAAAGGAGAUUUGGAGAAUUUAAGAGUCUUUAAUGCGGUCACUGCAGUGGACACAUAUCGCGAUAUAUAAUAUGAUUCGUCAUAUACGAUGUAUAUAAAUGACUAUAAAUAUCGAAGUGCAGAAUAAAGGGGAUGAACAGGAGGCUUGACUUCCGACACUGCAGUGAUAUCUCCGCCCUCGCGCGCGCGCACAGCCACACACACACCCACACACACACACACACAUCAGCGCCACAGUUUUAUUUUUGUUUAUUGCUAAUAACGUUACAGGACGCAGGAGAAAAGCCUCGCGCGCUGUGGACUAUGUCGCGGAAGUAGAUUAGAAAUCAGAGUUUAGCAGGUAAAAUGUUUAAAAUACGAAGGUAGGAUAAUUGCUCGAUGUCGAAAUGAUAAAGGCUUCCAGGACGGAUAAGAUUAAACUUUUCUUUUGUGUAAGGAUGUAGCUCAGCAUCCUGCGGUGGCGCCAUCUGAUCUCCAAAAACACAGUCUGCAAUGGAUCAACAGCAGGCCACAGAGAGUACUCCAGCUGGUAAACCUGAAGAGCAGUGCAGCGUGCUGGACGCUCUGAGAAGACACUACCUGUUCCUGUACAACCUGCUUCAGUUCCUGGGCUUCUCCUGGACCUUCAGUCUCCUCACAGCCAAUCUCAUCCUACAUGGUGAAGGUGCUUUGUACAGUGCGUUCAGCUCCUGUGCUGCGGUGCUCUACGUCUGUCAGAUGUUGGCGGUUCUGGAGGUGAUUAACGCAGCAGUCGGUCUGGUUAAGACUCCCGUCUUCCCCGCCAUGAUACAGGUGAUGGGCAGGAACGUGGUUCUGUUUGUGGUUUUCGGCAGUUUGCCGGAGAUGCAGGAGCGCAGCGUGGUCUUCUGGGUCUUUUACCUGUGGAGCAUCUCUGAGGUCUUCAGGCUUGCAUUUCCUGUGCUGAGUCUCGAUGCUAAGUUCAGGAUACUGAUCUGGCUCCGUCAUACACUGCUGUAUCCCCUCACCACUCUGAUAGAAGCUGUUGCUGUGCUCCAGUCUCUUCCACUGUUCGAUCAGUCCAGACUCUUCAGCGUGCCUCUCCCCGAGGCAGUGGGCUUCUCCGUCAGCUUCUCCUUCUCGCUCCGACUCUACCUCCUCCUCAUGUUUUUUGGAUUUUCCAUAAACAUCAGACAUCUGGUGAGCCCAAGCAGAAGAUCCUAUCAACUGAAAGUGCACACAGACUGAUUAUUGCUCUUUAAAUGGAUCUAAAGGACAGGGCUACACUCUUACUCAGAGUUUGCUAUAAAGUUUAUUUGCUUUACACUUUUAUUACUAUUAUAAACAUGGACAGAUUUGUUGGUACCCUUCUAAAAGCCUUUUUGCAUCAGCUCUUUCUAUAGACUCAACAGGACCACUGGACCACCAUUGGUCUGGUCCUAGGUCUCUUCUUCCAGGGUCAGAACGUUCACUCCAGAAUGCAGUAAUAGUCUUGAGAUUUCAUUGUGUCCUGGAGCACAACUGCCCCAACACACACCCAAACCUCUAGCACAACUGCCCCAACACACACCCAAACCUCUAGCACAACUGCCCCAACACAUACCCAAGCCUGGAGCACAGCUGCCCCAAGGUCUCUCUCCCUCUCUCUUUCUCUCCCUCUCUCUCUCUCUCUCUCUCUCUCUCUCUCUCUCUCUCUCUCUAUAUCUCCCCCCCCCUCUAUCUCCCUCUCUCUCCCCCCCCUCAAUGGGUGAUUCAUGGCUGAAGACAGAUGUUGCAUGUGAUACUAACUUAAGUUUAAAAUAUCUCUGUAACCCAAUUAUUCAUAAUCUUUUCUUGUUUACCAACAAAUCUGUCCAGAUCAUUUCAGAAACUGUCUCUUUCACAUUUUCCUUGCUUUGCUAUAUGACACACCAGAGACAUGCAGGUAUGCAUGUGACAGUUGCGAAGUCUUUUAUUCUGUACAUAUUAAGAUUUCUAUCCCUGUUUAUAUCCGCUAGCGUGUAUGAGUGCGUGCAGUAGUCUCUGCUGUGAGGAGCCUAUGAUCAGUCGUGAGGAGGAAAUUAACGCUAGGGAAAUAUUUCAGACUAGAUCUAGGCGUUUUUUUUUUUUUUUACAGUAAAAAAACUGCACAAGACGAUGAUAAGAGGAAUUUGAACGCUUUGCUGUCACUCAGUGUGUUAGUUUCUGAACCUGAGGUCUGCGAGGUCCAUCCACGCCAGUACAGUUCAAGUAUCAUGGCUUUCUUAAAUAAUAGGAUAUAUUACAUUUUGCACUUUUAUUGCACUGUUGUAUUUUUACCUUUAUGGUUAACAGUGAAGCCGGAAAACUGUUUACUCAACCUUCGAGUAAAAAAAAAACUUCACCAGGCUCCUGAUGUGUGUUGUAGAAGAAAAUAAUUUCAUGAACAUCGACGUGGUUCAGAGUCACGCUGAAGUGUGUGCCGUGAUGUUUCUCAGGGUCACUGUGUGUGAGACGUAGACUCAGGUACGAGGCGAGGGUCAACAUUAAAGACUCAGCUGUACGUUCUAAGGGAUUUGUUUACUGUAUCAUUUGUUUGUUUGUUUUUAAAUAUGUAUUUUACGAAGCGUAAUCCAUGUGCCUGAUUCGGGUCUUUAGAUAUUUGUAAAGCAGCAGUGUUUCGUUCAUUUCACUGCACAGUGUUUAGUUUGAGUUUUAUCUGAUAGGAUGCAAAACCUAUAUGACUGUGUGUGUGUGUGUGUGUGUGUGUGUGAGUUGAUAUGUAGAAGUGAUGUAUUUUAUCUAGAUGCUUCUUACACAUGGACGCUGAAUUGCUCUUAACAGAUUUUUUCAUAUACUUUAUACUUAUUAUUAUUAUUAUUAUUAUUAUUAUUAACCACACUUUUUAAUCAAGCACAUUUCUGGCACCAUGAUGAGACAGAGACGUAUGUAACACAGAAAGUCUUUAAAGUAUAACUUAAGCACCAUUUCUUACUAUUUCACACUACAAUAUUUCACACAUAUUUCAAUAAAAAUGAGCUCCACACUUA